UUUGCGGUUUUGCAGCGGAGAAAGGGAAAAGCAAAAAGAUUUGGACUUGGUUUGAACUCGCGAAGCCCUUGACAAAUCUCUCUUACUUCUGAAUAUAUCUGUUUUGGUUGGAUUUGGAUAAAGUGGUUCGAUGGGGAAUUUGUUCGUGAAGAAACCAAAGAUAACGGAUGUUGAUCGAGCGAUUCUCUCUCUUAAAACCCAAAGGCGCAAGCUUGGUCAAUAUCAGCAACAGCUUGAGAAAGUUAUUGAAGCCGAAAAGCAAGCUGCGAGAGACUUAAUCCGUGAGAAGCGAAAAGAUAGGGCUUUGUUAGCACUGAAGAAGAAGCGGACACAGGAAGAGUUGUUGAAGCAAGUAGAUCAGUGGGUCAUCAAUGUCGAACAACAACUGGCAGAUAUUGAACUUACAAGCAAGCAGAAAGCAGUCUUUGAGAGCCUGAAGCAAGGUAAUAGUGCAAUUAAGGCGAUUCAAAGCGAGGUCAAUCUUGAUGAUGUUCAAAAACUAAUGGAUGACACUGCCGAGGCCAAGGCUUAUCAGGAUGAACUGAGUGCCAUAUUAGGUGAGAAACUAUCAGCAGAAGAUGAAGAAGAGAUCUUAGCAGAAUUCGACAACCUAGAAAGUCAGCUCAUUGUUGAAGAUAUGCCUGAAGUGCCUACGACAGAGCUCGUGCCUGAAGAACCUGAGAAAUUGGAUCUCCCUGAUGUGCCGACAAAAGCACCUGUCGCUUCCAAUGCAGAAAGCACACCAACGAAAAGAAAAGUUCUUGAAGAACCUCUGGAAGCUUGACUUAGAAGUGAAGAAUCUGAUCGACUACUAAAUAGCCAUGGAUUAUACAAUCAUUCUUUGGAAACUCUUUCUUUUGGGCUCUUGAAGCUCCUUGUGAAUUCUCUUCUUCUUACCCCUGCAGCUUGUAAAGCACCAAGUUCAUGGAGUCUCCCUCAGUGAAAUGGUUGAUCUCAUGAAUGAAUUUCGUUGUUUCUGAACCGAUUUCAAAGUCUUUGACCUGAACAUAUAAAUGACUUUUACACUCGGUGGGAUCAAAUUACCUUUCGGUUUGUAUAGAAUUUUCUUAUUUU